UCCAGAGGCAGACAAGCAUGAUUAUUCCUAUUCGGUGUUUCACCUGCGGCAAGGUUAUCGGAAACAAAUGGGAGAGAUAUCUGGCGCUACUUCAGGCUGACUUCUCGGAAGGUGAUGCUCUCGAUGCGCUGGGGCUGAAGCGGUAUUGUUGUCGACGAAUGCUGCUUUCUCACGUGGACUUGAUAGAAAAACUUCUCAACUACGCUCCAUUGGAGAAAUAGAUUAUGAACAUGACUAGCAAUCAUGUAGUUGUAACGAAACUUGUACUCAUCACAAAGUGACUUGCUGUUUAGACAGUAAUGUACAGAAUAAACGUAAAGUUCGGCAUGAUGGGAGUUGCUGAACUAUUUUGCUACAGUAUGUUCUCCCUUGUUCGACCCCUUGUAGACUGCAGAUAUCAAAAAGAGGGUCAGAUAUGUGACAGAACACCUACAUGAAGUGUCUUCUCAAUCCCCAUAUUUUGUGGGACAGUAGUAGGGAACGAUUUCUUCAACUGUUGAAGAAUGCUAGUAGCUGAUUUAUUGAGAGCACUAAAUACUUAGGUUUCUUGGAAGUUGUAUUUCCCUUUCAUUUUUUUUCUUUUUCUUUUUUCUUUUUGUUAUAUUUUUAUUCUUUAUUUUAUGGGUCUUUACCCCCAUCUGGGGAUCCACCAACCUUGCAGGUGAGCCCAGCAGGGAACAUGUUUCUGUGUAGUCCACACAGCGAUCAAUGACUAGCCAAUUCAAUAUAG